GCGAGACAGCGGGGUGGGAAAACCCCUCCCAAGUCUUCAGAGGCGACAUCCUGUUUACGUCGCUAAUGCUAAUGCUAAUGCUAGCUACUGUACUUCAACGGCACGCUCUGAUCUGCCUUAUUGUUAAAAGGAGAUGCCGCGACCAAAGACAUAAACACCGCCCGGCUGCUGGAAAACAAGGUCAUUUUUCCUUGGCUGCAAUACCUCUCAAGACCAACCACAAUGUCUUGCCGGGACAUUCAUGCCACAAAUGCCUUUGCCUUCAUCAUCGCCUUCGUGUCUGUGGCCGGGUUGGCCGUGGCAGCGUUAGUCCCUCAGUGGCGCGUGACCCGACUUGUCACCUUCAAUCGCAACGCCAAGAACGUCAGCGUGUACGACGGGCUGUGGACCAAGUGUGUCAAGCAAGACGGCUAUUCGGGAUGUUAUUACUAUGAUGCCGAGUGGUACUCCAAAGUGGACCAGCUGGACCUGAGGUUGCUGCAGUUCUGCGUACCUGCGGGACUGGCCUUUGGCUCUCUGGCCUUGCUGCUGUGCAUGGCCGGCAUGUGUAAAACCUGCUGCUGCUCCGACAAGCCUGAACCGGACAUUAAGAGCAUCCGCUUCUUGGUGAACAGUGCCGGCUGUCACUUGGUGGCAGGCGCGUUUCUCUUCCUGGGCGGCGCCAUCGCUAUCGCACCCUCUGUGUGGUUCCUGUUCGGUACCAAGGGGCUGAACAAGAGAUACGACAACAUUUUCUCGGACGGGUUUGCUCCGUACGUGUCCAUAGGCUGCUCCGGGGGGCUGAUGCUGGCCGCCCUGCUCAUGUUCAUGUGGUACUGCAUGUGUAAGAAGCUGCCCUCGCCAUUCUGGUUGCCCCUUCCCUCUAUGUCCACCUCUGCGUCCACCCAGCCGCUCACGGCCAACGGUUUCCCGCCGUCGCCGGUUUAUGCUCCUCAGCCCAUGCCGCCUCAGUCCUAUCCUCCCACGGUGAUUGACACACAGCAAUACGUGCCCGCGCAAGGCUACAUUCAAAGCGUGGCUGCCCCUGCCCCACCACAAGUGUACAUGUCUCAGAUUUCUGCCCCUGAUGGUUACGGCUCAGAGGCGGGUGGGACCCAGGCCUACAGCUACGCACCCUCGCAGACCUACGCACCCUCCCAAAGCUACGCACCCUCACACAGUUACGCGCCCAGCUACGCCGGCCACCGCUACUCCACCCGCUCACGGAUGUCUGCCAUCGAGAUUGACAUUCCAGUGGUGACACAGUAAGAAAUGUCUUUCCAGUUCACAUUAAUGUUAUUACUCUCGAAGAGGGUCAGCUUAAAUUAAUAUUAUUACUUAUUUUAUGAGCCUGACUAAAUUGCUGAUCACAGAAGUGAGCACCUGUGAAGAGUUCUGGACUUAUUUUAUGAUAUGAAGGAAAAUUAACAGAAAGUUGCAGGGAACACAGCUGUGUAUGUCUUGGAACAAUACUAAAAUACAGUCACUAGCCAUGACUGAGUGCCUACAAACUAACUACACUGGAUGCCAAAUAUUUAUUGGUUUCCUGGUACAGUGGAACCUUUAAAGUCAAACACCCCAAAAGUGGUAACAAUUUGAGUUCAACCAUUUUUUUUUUUUAUGUUUUUAUUUUUUUUUAAUUUUGAGAAUACAGUGAUGCCUUCACGUACGAGUGACUCCACAGAGUUUUUCGAGCUACAAGUCAUCGCAAGGCUGAUUAUUUUUGCUUUGACUUUAGUCAACUUAAUUCACAACAAGCAGUUUGGUAUAUAGUGAAAUAUUAUUCAAAAAAAGGCUUCAAGCUGUGUAUUGACACUUUUUACUGUAAAAAAAAAAAAAAAAAUUUCAAACAACCACACUACUUUCAACGUCCACAAGCUUAAAUCGCCAGACUCGACGUGAUGCUAUAACACUUUAAGCAACGGAUAUUUGAGCACAAACAGUGGAACAACACUGUAGACAGACAAUAUCACAAUUACAUUGGCAUAGUGAGGAUAAGUGGAACAGAAAAUGGAUGGAUGGAUAUUUUCUUUAUCCUCCGUGGGGAAAAAAAGACGACUAUUACUGCAGCUUACUGAGUCACUGAGCUGUGAUAGUCUUUGUCUGGAUGAUUGUAUAAUGGUGGUGGUCAGUACACACACCAAAAGGAGCACAAGGCUUGAAACGCAUUAAUGGCAUUUACAUUCAUUACACUGACAAAAGAUGAUUUGAGAUACAAGUGUUUUGAGUUUCGAGCAUGGUCACGGAACUAAUUAAACUCGUAUGUCAAGGCACCACUAUAUGCAACACAUUUUUAGUUGAGUUUGAAACCACCAUCACAUGACUCCAUGCGAGCUAUCAGCAGAUUUCAAGAGACUUAAGUUUACGUAACAUCAAAUGGAUUAAUUCCCCAAGCUUGCGUUACUUUUGGUUUACUAAUUCAGCAGUACCUGUAAGACCGACUCUGGCACUCUCUCUGUUGUUGUUGCAACUUUUGGCUUGUCGCCACAGUGAGUCACUCGCAUGAUUUGUUCGAUACCCUCCCUGAUACAACCCGUACAUUUUUUGGGACUGGCAGGGAGUCGAACCUACGCUGUCUGCAUGAAAGGCACCACCAGCAUGCACCACUUCACUACCUGUGGGCUUCCUUUGUCUGUUAUGUGUCUUCUUUAUUUUAGUGUUAUAAUACUAUAAUUAACUUUUAAGCUUUUAUAACAGGAUAGUAUAAGUAAAUGUUAUGUAAAGAUUUUUACAGAAUAGGUGUUUGAUUUGAGGUUCCACUGUAGAUUGACAAGAUGUCAUGGUUCCAUGCGUGUACAUUUACCUUUGGAAGCCUUAACACUGGAUGCCAACUGUUCUGCUGUUACAUUGAAUCUUGAAGAGUCACAAAUUGACUUCAGGGUGAAGGUGCUCAUCAUCACUACUAAAAUACUAUCUUUUGUGUAGCAUGAAUCACUGUUCAUGUGAUGUGGAAGAGCAAUACACUAAUUGUGCGUACUAAUGUUGAGUAGUACAUACUGUGCCAGUUUACAAUGCUUUUAACUGUUAGUUUUUUUGUGUUCUCGUGUGUUACUGUAUGUAUGCUAAUCUGCACAUCAAUAAUAAAAUGACACUAUGUACAGUGAUACUUUAUGGAAGUAUAUGUUUCUACUUAAAAUGUGGUAGGAAAAAGCAUCAGUAGAGCUUUAUGAAGUUUUAAACAUUCCUGAACAGAUUUUGUUUUUCUUUUCAUGAUGAGCACAGUAUAGCAUUUUUAUUGACAAAUGUGUCUGUCAUUUUAUUUUGUGAUUGAAGUCAAUGAAACAAAAAUGUUUUUCUAUCCUCACUUUUUUCCUAUUAAACACAAUGUACUUGUGA